AGCCCCCCUCCCCCCAGGAGGAAUAGACGGAUUACUGCUAGCUGUGCACACAGCAGCCUGCAGCUGCUCUGACCAGGGCCAGCCCAACAUUGGGAGGAAGCAAUAGGAACACAGAAGAGGAGAGGAGAGGAGAGGGGGAUGACUGUGCCGGGAGUUCUUUAGCCUUUUUCUGUCUCUCAGUCUCUGUCACAACAGGGCUAAUCAGCGACCGACAAGCCCUUGGCAAAGUCACAGUGAGGGAGGUCUCUCACCCAAACAGGCGACCAGCCGGACAAGCCAACACAUGUAUCAGGACCUGACAGAACUGGGGAUUUUUUAUUAAUUUCACUUGGUCACUUCUUUUCUCCUUUUCUGUCGUGUUUAACUGCGCUAUGGAUCAUUGUGAUUUAUCUACAGUGCAGCUGCAUUUUGGAGUCUGCAGCCUGGCAGGGGGACAGUUGGUGGGGGCAGAAGGAAUCCGGGCACCUGCUAAGCCUUCAUGGCCUCAAUGCUGUCUGUGAGUGUUUUCCAUGCUGCUCUCAGUCUUUAAUAUCAGGAGCCAUUUUGUACCCUUGGCUAAUCGAGGGCCACACCACUUUCUUAAAAAAGAAAAAAAAAAAACAUCUAUCUCAUGCCAUUCUGGGGAAAAGGAAUUACAGAUGAAUGCUGUGUGUGACUGUUGCGCUUAACAUUUGGAAAGAGGCAAAAAGGAGGACUUUCAAACUAAUGAGCAUCCCCCUGCAUUGUCGAUGGAACUUUGGAGCCUUGAGUUGCUCCAGCCAGGCUAGGGUGGUCUGUCCUUUGGUGUGUGCCAUAUCCCCCCACCAUGCAGAAUAAUGAGCCCUCCACACCAUGAGUCCUCUGGGCCAGGUUAGUGUGCAGCCUACCUGGAACGCAGCCCUGCUCGCCGUGCUUUCCCUCAUGGUGCCUGCCUUCAGUAUGUGCCAGUCCACAGGCCCUGAGUUGGGCUCAUCUAAGCCACAGAACUGUCCAGGUGUGUGCUCCUGCACUAACCAGCUCAGCAAGGUGGUGUGUACACGCAGAGGGCUGAUUAGGGUUCCUCCAAACAUCCCAGCCAACACCAGGUACCUGAACCUGAUGGAAAACAGCAUAGAGACCAUACAGGCAGAUACAUUUAGACACCUGCAUCACCUGGAGGUACUACAGUUGGGCAGGAAUGCUAUCAGGCAGAUUGAAGUGGGGGCCUUUAAUGGCCUGACCAGUCUCAAUACCUUGGAACUGUUCGACAACAGACUGACAGUCAUACCCAGUGGAGCUUUUGAGUAUCUGUCAAAGCUUAGAGAAUUGUGGCUUAGAAAUAAUCCAAUUGAGAGCAUCCCCUCUUAUGCCUUUAAUCGUGUCCCCUCACUCAUGAGACUGGACCUGGGAGAGCUGAGGAAGUUGGAGUACAUCUCUGAUGGGGCUUUCGAGGGCCUUCAUAACCUCAAGUACCUGAACUUGGGGAUGUGCAAUCUGAGGGAGUUUCCUAAUCUUUCACCGCUGGUGGGAUUGGAGGAGUUGGAGAUAUCAGAGAAUGUUUUCCCUGAACUUAAGCCUGGGGCAUUCCGUGGCCUCAAGAAUUUACGUAAACUAUGGAUUAUGAACUCUGCCAUUACUAUCAUUGAAAGGAAUGCAUUUGAUGACAUAACAGCCUUGGUGGAGCUUAAUUUAGCCCACAAUAACCUGUCGUCUCUUCCCCAUAACCUCUUCACCCCUCUACAGUAUCUGGUGGAGCUACACCUACACCACAACCCUUGGCGAUGUGACUGUGAUGUGGUGUGGCUCUCCUGGUGGCUCAGAGAAUACAUUCCCACAAAUUCCACCUGCUGUGGACGCUGCCACACUCCACUCCACAUGAGAGGACGAUACCUGGUGGAAGUUGAUCAAACAACCUUUCAGUGCUCAGCACCAUUCAUACUUGAUGCUCCAAGAGAUCUUAAUAUUUCAGCAGCAAGGGUGGCAGAGCUUAAGUGUCGCACAGCUGCCAUGAGCUCAGUACGAUGGCUUCUCCCCAAUGGAACUGUAUUGACCCAUGGCUCAGCUCAUCCAAGAAUAUCUGUCCUUAAUGAUGGAACACUUAAUUUCUCCAAUGUUCUCCCAUCAGACACAGGUGUUUACACUUGCAUGGUGAGCAACAUGGCAGGAAAUUCCAAUGCCUCAGCCUACCUAAACGUCAGCAAUGCCGAGCUCAACACAUCUAAUCUGUCCUACUUUACCACUGUAACAGUGGAGGUUUUUGAGCCAGCAGUGGAGGAGACCCCUAAACCCAAGCCCACUGUUCCUGCAUCACCUUCUGUAUUUCAACCUGUCUUUAUCUCCACACCUACUGUGCUAUUCCAAAACACUCAGACUCCAAGGCAGGUAUCAAUUCCCACUGCCAGAGUCCCCAGUGUGCCAGCUACCAGCCUGGAUGAGGUGAUGAAAACCACCAAAAUCAUUAUUGGGUGUUUUGUUGCUGUUACCUUGCUGGCAGCUGCCAUGUUAAUAGCAUUCUAUAAGUUGCGCAAGAGGCAUCAACAGAGAAGCACCGUGGCAGCAGCCAGGACCAUAGAAAUCAUACAGAUGGAGGAAGAAGUACCUCCUGUUCCACCGCCCACAUCUGGAUCUAGUGGCUCUGAUGACACAGGAUUGGUACUGCCUACACUGGUGGAACACAACAGCAACACCUUUAAGCCUGGGUAUGUGUCCUCCUCAUCCCGCCAGGGAGGUUACGGUGCCCAUUGGACUCAGAACAACUCUCUUCAUCGCUCUGUUAGACAACAUCACAGCCACAUCAGCACCAUUGCUGAUCCCUACGUCAUUAAGACUACUCAUGGCAAGGACAAGGUUCAAGAGACACAAAUCUGAGUAAUGUUCAGAUUGAUAUGGAUCUAUCUCUGACUCUGCCCGAACCUCUCCCCUCCUAUCUGCUCACCAGUCCAUGCAAUAGAAUGCACAAAGAACAGAACGGUAACUUUCUUUUGUACAGAAGUGCAAAACAGAGACAUUUUUUGUUUCUUGUACAUGCCUAUACAUAAGUAUAUAAAUAUGAAAAAAAAAUAUAUAAAUAUAUAUAAAUGAAACUACCGUCAGGCAGUGGUGAGACAUGCAAAUUAUAUUAGAAAAGAAAGUAAUUUGAAACUAUUUUCUAAUAACUGGUGACUUCUAUUUAAAAAAAAAAGGAUAAUUAAUUGCUUUUUUGAUUGAAAAAAAAGGAACCUGUGAUGUCUAGUGUAGGAAAAGAGGCAUUUAGUUUGUUUUUGACCAUAGUUAGGAGGCAGUAAGAAGCUCUUUAUAAAGGCACCAGUUUCUAAAUCCAGCCCCAAAUGUAAGCUCCAGUUUUUACUGUGCCAAAUAUUAUAUGCAAUAACAUGGUAUUUCCAAACUAAGGAGUUUAAAAACCCACACAAGCAAAAUCUAGAUAGACACAAACAUUUGUCCAAUAGCAGCAUAAUGGCACAGAUAGAUUGUGCUGUUCAGUAGCUAUCAGCCAAAUGCUUUUGGACUGCAGUGAAUUUCUGCAGCUAAGGUUUAACCCUCUGUUCGCUGGAGUUCAGCUGCGUUUAUUUGACAGUGCCAGUGCUUCUUAGUUGUAGCGUAUCGAAACAUGUUUAUUUAGUGUGCACAUAAUUCCCCACUGGUUUAGCUGGCAAAUGUGGAAUGCAGGCUAAUAACAGUUGUUGCAAAUAUGUUGUUCUGUUAUUGUUUGCAUUUUGUAUUAUUUUUCCCUUAGGUUUUGACAUGCUUCUUAUUUGCUUGUGUAGUGUUUAGGGCUAAUUUAGUAAUGCAUUACAGCAGUUGCCUGACUUGUCUCCGCAAGGGCUCAUUCCGAUGCUAAUUUUUCAAAGGAACAGACAUGUGGUGCAGUGAUACAGGGCUUUGCUGACCAUUCUGCUUUUGGAGGAAAAAAAAGAGGGUUAAAGUAAAACAAAAUGAAUGUCUGAUGAUACCGGGACUUUUUCAUGGACUACACUGAAUCAUUACUUUGUGUUUCUUUUUCUUUUAACAUUUUAUUUUUAGCAACACUAUUUUUAUGGAGAGACAAAGGAGGCUAUGAAAAAUAAAAUCUUUGGUUUGUAUUUCUCUAAUCAGAAACACUUUCA